AUGAAGGGUGGGAUUGUCGACGUAGACACCAUGAAGAUUUGGAAGUACAUUUCUGUCCUCCGGUGUUGGAUCCACCAUGCGCUUGAUGAACCAAAUGCAGAUGUGUGUGACGCUCUCUAUGCUUUCAAACAAUCUCUUUCCGACCCAAACAACGUAUUGGAGAGUUGGGAUCCAAGUCUCGUUGAUCCUUGUACCUGGUUUCAUAUUACCUGCGACUCCGACAACCACGUCACUCGCUUAGACUUGUACAAUUAUAACUUGGCUGGAACUUUGAGCCCAGAACUUGGCCAGUUACCCUACCUUCAAUACCUGUAUGUGAGUGAUCCAAGUCUUGAUUUCAGGGAGCUCAAUGAGAACAGAAUAUCUGGGAAGAUUCCUCAGGAACUUGGUAACUUGAAAAACCUUGUUAGUAUGGAUUUGUCUAAUAACCAAUUGGAAGGGCACAUCCCAGCCACAUUUGGCAACUUGAUGUCACUUAAAUUUUUAUGGCUAAACGACAACAAGUUGAUUGGACGAGUCCCAAGAAACGUCACUCAUCUUAAUCUCCAAGUCUUUGAUAUAUCUAAUAAUCCAUUGGCAAAACCACCCCCACAUAUGGCAACUUUGGGAAUUCCCCAAUGA